GAUCUCCCACCUCAGAAUAUUCAGAAGGACCCUCAUUCAUUCUGUCGCUAACCUCACGCGAUCCGAAUUGCUCGUCCCAUCACCGAGCACCUUCACUCCACAAGGUCACUCACUAGAACGAGGACUCUGCUGGCUGUUUGUUCCUUUUUAUUAUCCCUCCUGCCCUCCCUAACCUUCUCCUUUCAAACCUUAGUCGCUCCUUUAUUCCGCCUCAAUUAACCCAUUCAUAACAAACCCCCGACGUCAACCACCCGGUGUACAUUUCGUCGAACCGAACACAACAGCAAUUAGGGGGGAAAGGGAGAAGAAAAUACGCCAUUUUCAACAAAAAAAUAAUAAUCUUACGGCAUAGAUGAACUUGACAAAUACAACCACCGCUCCUCUCCCUCUUCCCCCUCCCGCCUCAUUUUUAAAACCUCUCCCGCCUCUCAUCUCGGGGGUGCCAGACUCAAUUGUUCUCGUUAUUCUACCGAUAGCCGCCUAUUGGGUGCUCUCCCUGUUCUUCCACUUUCUCGACGUUUAUGAUCUACUCGCUUCUUACCGACUACACACACCUGAAGAAGUCCUCAAAAGAAACCACGUAACACGCCGUGAGGUAGUGCGAGAUGUAAUAGUACAACAACUCAUACAAACCAUUGUCGGGCUUGCUAUCGGUGUAUCAGAGCCAGAGGAAAUGAUCGGAGGGGAAUGGUGGGAGAUAAUGGACUUGUAUUCCAAGUUUGUUUCGGUCGAGCGAUGGGUUCUACGCGGUCUUGCAGCUACUGUGGGCAUUGACGGCCUUGCGCUAGAGGAUAAGGUGAUUGCUAGGAUCGUCUCGAUCGGUGGCGGUAAAGUGCUAGCGGGGUUGUUGGGAGUGUUGGGCCUGGACGGGCAAACAAGUUCCUCACCAGAAAUGGGAGACUGGAGAUACAAGCUCGUGGAAAUCGCCUACUGGUAUCUCUUGCCUGCUGCCCGCUUCUGGGUUGCAAUCUUCAUCAUGGAUACAUGGCAGUACUUCUUGCACAGACUCAUGCACGAGGUUAAAUGGCUUUACAGUAAGUGCUCUUACAUGUACCAUGGCAAGAAAGUCCUGCGGUUUGAACUAACGCGGCAAACCCACAACCCAGGAACCUUUCAUUCUCGCCAUCACCGCCUCUACGUUCCUUACGCGUUUGGCGCUCUCUACAACCAUCCCUUCGAAGGCCUCCUCAUGGACACGAUCGGAGCAGGAAUCGCCUACAAGAUCUCAGGUCUUAGAAUCCGCGGCGCCAUGACCUUUUUCACAUUUUCGACCAUGAAGACGGUUGACGAUCACUGCGGAUACGCUUUGCCCUUUGAUCCUCUGCAGUACUUUUUCUGGAACAAUGCAGGGUACCAUGAUGUGCACCAUCAGGGCUGGGGUAUCAAGGUUUGCUAUGUGCUGUCCCCCGCUCGUGCGGAAUGCUAACCAACCAACCCGCCAGACAAACUUCUCGCAGCCUUUCUUCAUCUGCUGGGACCGCUGGCUCGGAACUCAAUGGACUGGCGGUGACGUGUCAGCCCGCUACGCUGCAUCCCGUGAGAAAGCCGCAGAGCAACUCGCGAAAGAUGGGAUUACUCCAAAACAAAAAGGGAACACUAGUGCCAACAUUCCCGAGAAAGGAGUAGGCUCCGCUGCCUACACAAACGGCGGGGGAGCCAAUGGUCUAAGGUCGAGAAUGCCGAAUGGGAAGCUAAAGGUGCAGGCCGAUGAGUCGAGACGACAAGUCCUCGACACAGCCGGCGCAAGCGUAUUACGAGAGGAGAGAAGCGAAGAAACUGCCCCCGAGAAUCUACGUCUCCGGACUCGAGUUAAUGGGAUCGUUAGGUAGACUAACGUUUCGCUCAUGGAACCCAAUAGAUGCUGAAAAAUCUUUUUCUUUUGCCAAAAAAAUUUAGCCGGGGCGUGCUACGGAUUGGAUUGGAUAGGAUGGUGUGGAUAAGGAAGGCUAAAGUAGGGUUAGGGGGUUAUGUGGAAAGAGUAGCAACUAUUAUCUCGGAUCCGUGUUUUUUGGAUCCCUCUUUAUUUGUCCCCCCGGGAUUACUUUUGUCUAUUUUUGUGUUUCCAGCAGUAUGACACUUUCUUACCCCUACGUCACGUUUUCGCCCAUAUCUUCCACCUACCUACCUACAACCCACAACUCUAACAUUUAAGUUGUUUACUAUCACUUCUUUUUUUUUCAAUUCCCGGCCUCAUCAUUACUUUCUCAUCUUCAUCAUGUUCUUGCUCCCCCUCCCAAAUUACCAGUAAUAGGACGACUGAUCGACAGGCACAGCACGACAGACUAACUAAUAAUUCACCCCCUUCCCCUCCCCUUCCCCCCUCCCUCGUUCUCGUACCUACGAGGAAUCUUGAUGAUACCCCACGGUACCCUUCACACAUUCACUGAAACCGUUACGCUCUGUGUACCCAUGGCCCUAAUAACCCCGUGUUUUAAUCUUUUUCCUUUUUUGGCCAUGCCCAUGUAUUAUCACACUUUGCUAUGGAUGGGUUUUUGAUUUUUCCCUCUUGCUUACUUUUUCAUGUGCUGCUCUUCAGCAUGGUCUCCCGUUUUUUCAUUUUCUUUUUGGAAUGGAGUUUGGUUUUAUUAUUUCACUUCUAUUCUAUUGCCCGGGGUUCAUGUCAAGGAAGUUGAAAAUUUGUAAGCGGUAGUCUCAGUUAACUUAUCAUAGUCAGAA